CUAGGGCUGAGAUUGGAGCAAUGUCAGCUGAUGGGACCCCGUGGGCACGGGAAAGGGUCCACGGGUUGGCUACCCCUGCGAACCUGCAUUUCAAAAGUCUAAAGCCCGCGUAGAGGGGUUCAGUGGCCAGGACCUGGAGUCUGGGGCCUCCGUCUCCCCACCUGGGCCGGACGACCAAGCGCCAAGGCUGGGAGCGCGCCCCCGGCGCCCCCUUAGCCUGCGUGGCGGCCGCGCGCACGGGCGCAGGGGGCGGCGCGGUCCCGCGGCGGGGAGGGGCGGGCGUGCGGGCGCGCGCAGAAGAGGCGGCUGAACCCGGUGGACUAGCUGCGGCCGUGGCGCCGCCAACUCGCGUGCGACCCGCUCUCCGCCCGCCGCCGAGACUGCCGCCGGCGUCGCUUGUGACCUCGUGAGGCUGGCAUGCAGGAUGGCAGGACAGCCCAGCCACAUGCCCCAUGGAGGGAGUCUGAACAAUCUCUGCCAUGCACUGGGGCCUGCACCCCCUCCAGACCCACAGAGGCACCCCAACACCCUGUCUUUUCGCUGCUCACUGGCGGACUUCCAGAUUGAGAAGAAGAUUGGCCGAGGACAGUUCAGUGAGGUUUACAAGGCCACCUGCCUGCUGGACAGGAAGAUCGUGGCUCUGAAGAAGAUCUUUGAGAUGAUGGAUGCCAAAGCCAGGCAGGACUGUGUCAAGGAAAUUGGUCUGCUAAAGCAACUGAACCAUCCGAACAUCAUCAAGUAUCUGGACUCUUUCAUCGAAGACAACGAGCUGAACAUUGUGCUGGAAUUGGCUGAUGCAGGUGACCUCUCCCAGAUGAUCAAGUACUUCAAGAAGCAGAAGCGACUUAUUCCUGAGAGGACCGUGUGGAAGUACUUUGUGCAGCUGUGCAGCGCUGUGGAGCACAUGCAUUCUCGGCGUGUGAUGCACCGAGACAUCAAGCCUGCCAAUGUGUUCAUCACAGCUACAGGCAUUGUGAAACUUGGCGACCUCGGCCUGGGCCGCUUCUUCAGCUCGGAGACCACUGCAGCCCACUCACUAGUGGGAACACCAUACUACAUGUCACCAGAGAGGAUCCAUGAGAAUGGCUACAACUUCAAGUCAGACAUCUGGUCCCUCGGCUGUCUGUUGUAUGAGAUGGCAGCUCUCCAGAGCCCCUUCUAUGGAGAUAAGAUGAAUCUCUUCUCCCUCUGCCAGAAGAUUGAGCAGUGUGACUACCCACCUCUCCCAGGGGAGCACUACUCUGAGAAGCUUCGGGAGCUGGUCAGUAUGUGCAUCUACCCUGACCCCAACCACCGACCUGACAUUGGAUAUGUGCACCAGGUGGCUAGGCAGAUGCAUGUCUGGACAUCAAGCACCUGAAUGCAGCAUGCCUCAUCAAAGCCAUCCACCACUUGUCUUACUUGAGUCGUCUCCCCCGAGUGGCACCUGGAAGUUCCCAAAGCCAAGACCAGAGGGCUCAGCAGGCUCCCAAAAGUGGCUGCCUCAGCCAGUGAGCUGAAAGCAGCUGGGUUAUGGUCAAACUCCAAAGUCCUUUUUUUGAACUGUUGCAGACAAUCUGAGCUGGGCUAUUAGUGGGGGAAGGGGCUUAGGCAGUCACUGAAGCCCCUUGUGCCAACUGCAAUGUGAACCUCUGCCUGGUCCUUUCAGACCUGUGCAGGCCCACAGUGUCAGGAGGCUUGCAGGGAACAGGGUAAGGGUGUGGGUGAGCCUUUGCAAAAAUGGCCACCAGCAGUUGUUUUUAGUUCUUAGUACCUUUCACACAACCCGGCUGUGUGCUUCAUUUACUCUCUUGUAAGGGAAAUGGAAAUAACAGUUUAGAGUAGAGAUUUCCCUAAUACCUUCUCUGCAUUUUAUAACUGGUGAGUGACAGUGACUAGCACCCAGCAUCAGACAUUGAGAGGUGUGGCGUCCCUGCCACGUACCAUGGCCUCCUGGAAUGCUGUGGCUCACUGAAGGAUAAGUGCGCAGCAUUAUCUAUCCAUGGGAAGAGAUCAAGAAAAAUCCAAGAGCUUUGCCCUCACACUGCGCUUUACAAAUUCUGGUUCUGUAUCUUCCUAGUGUGACUUGGACAAGUUUGUUGGCCUUUCUGAGCCUUCAUUUCCUCAUCUGCAAAAAGGAUUAAUGAGUCAUCUAUCUUCCAGGUGACUGACAGGGUCUUAAACAAAAGAUAUUACUUAGGCAAGGCAGCCUAGAUUUGUUAUCCCAGCACUUGGGAGGCAGAGGCAGGAGGGUUAAGGGGAAGUUUGAGAUUGGACUGGACUACAUAAGACCCUAUCUCAAAAAAAAAAAAAAAAAAGAGAGAGAGAGAGAGAGAGAUGCAAAUCAGCCAGCAGUGGCAGGUGAUCCAAAAAUGCAGCCUGUCACUCUUUCAGAAAACUCAAGUCCGUGACCAUGAGAGUCAAGAAUUAAAAAUACAACUGUAUUAAGUGCAGGAAAAGCAGAAAUAUGUUCAUUUACUUUUUGUUCUCAAUAGGAUUAACUGUGAAGACUAACUUAUAAAUGUGAAUUUAAGGAAACUUAAGUGCUGGAGGAAACAGUCUGAAUUAUUUUGUUCUACUAUGCCAGUGGUUCUCAAACCUCUAUAUUCCAAAAAUAUUUACAUUAUGAUUCCUAACAGUAGCAAAAUUACAACUAUGAAGCAGCGACAAAAUAACUUUAUGACUGGGAUCAGCACACCGUGAGGAGCUGUACUAGAGGCUCACAGCUUUAGGAAGGAACAACUGAUAUUGAUAUAUCUAUGCAGUACUACAGUACUCAAGCAAUACCUGCUUGGUGACAGGCCAGUGGUGCUGUGUCUUGUCAUAUGUUUAAGUCAUUGCCAGGUGAACUUACUACCCAGAGCUCCCAAAAAUAGGGUCCCUGGCUGGCCACCACUCUCCGCACAGAGCCUGCACUCCAAGGAGGGCCUCUGCUCUUUAGACAAAAUGGGAAGGGGGUGACUGCUGAGCGGCUCAGGGGUGGCCCUAACAGCACGUCAGUGUCAUCUUGGACUGCAGACCAAAUCCAGCACACAGCAGCAGCACAACUUCUUGAGGCACCUUUAGCAGCAACUUGCAGGCCCCAGACGUCCAAGGAAUACCAGAAUAUCUUUAAGUUCCCCAAGUAAUUCUGAGAAUCAUCAGCCAAGCUGCCGCCCUCAAUAAAUAAACCCACUGUAUUCACUCAAGCUGGCUCCAGCAGUUUCCAACAAGGGAAGCGGGCUCUGUGGAGCGCCCCACAGUACAUGCUCUGGGAGGACCAGAGUAGCUAUCUCCUGCCCAGCACUGACUCCUCAAAGUUUUCCUGACUCUUGGUAAGCACCGCGUCUGCUCUCAGAGGCUGUUCUUGUGUCCCUCGCACAAUUAGCCUUUUAAUUUCAGUUGUCCAUCCACUGCCCAAACCAAGAGAACCAUCUGGCCAAUAAAAUGGCCUCUGAUGUCCAGAGUCUCCACCAAUCAUCAUCCAGAGAGCAGU